AUGGGCAUCGACAAUGGAGCGCCGUUCCUGCGCCAAUCAAUCGCCAAGGAGCCUCGCAGCCUCGUGGGCACGGCCACCGACCCGGCUCGACUCCUGCCGGCCAUUGAUGGUGACAAACCCAAAGGUAGCUUGUGAACUUUUUGCACCGCGUGGUUUCACUCGAACAAAUCAAAGAGCUUACCUACUUUGCGCCUCUCGGUUGCUUUCACCACGGCUCUUAGUUCUCCUCAUCGAUGCGUCCACCGCGUUUCGCGACCUCUGGAUCUCGAUUGUCGGCAGGAAGCACCGUGGCCGUUCGUUCAUCGACAUCGUGAUCGCAAGGCUCAAGGUUCUAAAAGAAGAACAAUCGUCUCUACAAGUCGUCGUCAUCCUCGACAAUGCGAAAUGGCGGCCCAAGCUCAAGGAGGCGACGGCUAAAGAGCGUGCCGAACGAUCGACGAUCGCGCCGGACAAUGUCGACGUCCGCUUCGGCGACUUUCGCACAAAGCCGAUCUGCUUGUCCUCGGAAGAGGUACAGGUACUCCAAGAACGUCUACCCCAACCUUCGGCGCCCAACGUCAACUCGGAUCAGAUCCAUGUGUGGCGAGUUGGCUCGGGCAUAACUUUCGUCAUGGCUCGCACUGAAGCGGACACCUACAUGUGCGCAUCGGCGCGACGUGGCCACAUCAUCGACGUGCGUCUCGACCCCCAAUCCACUGUUCUCUGGUCAGGGGACACCGAUUGGAUCUACGGCCUCCCUGCGUGCUUCUGUCGCUGGCGAAUCUACGAGGAGCGAACACCGUUGAAACUCGCCGAGGAGCUGAAGGAUGUUUCGCUCGACACCCUCUCCGUAGAUGAGUCCUUCGUAGCGCAAGCCGGCGGUACGAGGACCAAGAGGAAGAUCUUUUUACUCGUGGACCUUUUGGAGCUGAAGCAGUGGGGCACAGACAAGGCGCUGGUCAUGGCGGGGAUCGUCGCAGGAGGCGAUUACCUCAGCGGUGGGCUCCCUGGCAUCGGACUCCACCAGGCGUUCGAAAAAUACAAGUUUUGCCUCUCGUUCGAAUUCUGGCAAGCUCCUCUCGAGACGAUCCACAAAGCCUUCAAAGGCUACCUCGAGAACGAAGCGCGUCGAGGGUAUCCAACGUGCUCGGAACGAGAUGGCCGCGAUCUAUGCGCUCGUGGCGAACGACACCGCCGAGCGUUUCGACCGGCUCAAGGCAAAGAAGGCAUCUCCCACCACACGCAACAUCCCCCUCCGUGGCUUCAGGACGCCUUGGGGCGCACCCCUUCCUAGAGCGACGACGUUUCCACCUCAAGCUCCGGUUACACCCCCGCAGAGGACUCGACCCUUGUUCUCCACCACCUCCGCAACCCCACCCGCCAGCUGGCUGCUUUCUCCACCCCCGAUACCCCUAGCACCCACUCUCGCCGCCUUGACGACCGUCGUCACCGCUUCGGGUGUCAUCGCCGGACCUGCCACUCUCGCUGCACCUCCACUUCCCUCCGCGCAGCCACCCUCCCUCGCAGCGGCCAAGCUCUUCCUCAAGCAGCCCCGCAAGAAGAUGACUACGCUGCGUUCGCAAGCAUGGCAGGCUUUGGGUGCGCGCCCUGACCUUCGCAAGGAGUACCUCAAGGUGGUCACGAAGGUGAGGCACUGCCGGGAGAAGCUGGGCGCCCAAGUCGCUCGAGUACGGAGUCCUCUGUACCAAUCCAUCAUGGGAUACCAUGCAUGGAGGUACAUCGACACCACGAGGAUGGAGACCGGUCCGUUGCUCAAUCGAAGCAAGUCCAAGCCGGAAGGCGAGCGCAGACCGCAGCGACCCGCACCUCCUUUGUUGGAUUCGUCGAGUGCGAGUGAUCUCGAUGUCGACGAUCACGAUCUCGGCUCGGAGGAUCGGGCUUCGGGCAUGGGCGGCGGCACCUUGGACGAGGAGGAGGACGAGGUUGAUGGCGAUGAUGGCGAUGAUGAUGAUGAUGGGCAAGAGGACGAGUUCGGGGAGGACGAGUACGGGGAGGAUGAGAUCGGGGAGAAUGAGUUCGACGAGGGGGAGCCGAUGCCAGAUCCCAUCACUGCUCCUCAUGACGACGACUUCCAGGAUGUGGGCGAAUCCGAGGACGAGGGCGAGGGAGGGAGUCAACAGGGUCAAGGCACGCCGGCGGGCAAGGAGUAUCAUGCUCCUGUUCGACACCGAGGGUUGCGGGCGAGCGUGCGCGAGAUUCUUCCGCCCCUAUCACCCGACCAACCGGACGAGAACAAUACUCGGUUCAAGGACGUUUUCUCCUCGCUUAUGCGACUACAAACGCUCGCGCGAGAGCUCGAGUUCAAAGAGUUGGUGUGUUGGGAAUGAGGGUUAGGAACCGCGCGUUCUUUGGUAAUCUGUUUAGAAGCGCUCGUCUGUUUAGUGAAGCCUGGCGAUGCGCAACCAACUCAAAGUCCUGAACGCAGUCCUGCUCGACUACCUCAACGGAUGGACCCAGAGGGACUGGCACGAGAUCGCGUCGAGCGACUCGGCCCUGGUGACGAGGAUGCGUGCCGUUAUUCAUGCGCUCCAGCCCCAUGAUUCCCUCACGUUAUCUCGUGUCUCAAAGAAACCGGGGCAACUCACGGCGACCGUCUCAGUCGACCUCGCAACGAUGACCCCGGCGGAGUAUGGUCGGCACGUCGAACAGUUCGAGGGAGCGGCCAAUGAUGAUGGUUCUCUCCUGUACAACGCGGUGAGUCGAUUAGUCUGCGAGUUCAGAGAGAGAGAUCCGCCAACUUGAAGAUGGAGGAGUUGACUCGUCGACUCGGAAUCACUUAUUUUGCGGCGGUGAUGUAGGCUUCAGGGUUGCUGGCCUCGGCCGUCAAGGAACUUCGAGCGAAAGGAGUCUUCCUCCCCCGCUACAAGCUCGACUCGGAAUACUACCGACACGUGGCCAAGCGUUAUGCGAAGGCUAUCCUUGGAUGGAAAGAUCGAGGUGAUUACGUACUCGCCACCUACGCCCGGCACAUGUUCGAGUCUCGUGACAUCGAAUCGGCGCUUUCGCCGCUCGACCCGGACGACGAGUUCCGUCAGCCCAAGGGGCGCAAGCGACUGCUCGACUGUCUCGUCACCGCGCUCUCGGAGGUCCCAUUUCCCUGGCGCUCCCAUCGAGCGGACCUCGAGGCGUUGGUGGCCGGGAUCGCCAAAGACCAGUCUGAUCCCGACCACGAACACCUCUGCGCGGUCAUGCGAGCGUGCUUGCAAGAGGCUUGCGGAAGUCGAGACCAGCGGAUGCGAUGGGGAUUUGGACGAGAUCAAGCUUCCGUCACUCGUCUGCUCGGCGCCAAGCUCUCCGAUUUUGGACCCGGCGGCAAGCUCAAAAACCCGAUCGCGCUCCUGCCCGUCUACCACCAUCUUCUCCUCGAAUCCGGACAUGGCAGGGGCAUCGUACCCGUGAGUCCGACAUUCGACAGCUGGCACUCUGUCACCCCAGCCGGUGUAGCGAUUGAGUGCUGACCUUGACUGCGUUGGGGAAUCUGUUUGUUGUUCGGACAGAGUUUUGUGAACUGUUCGCCGGGGUAUCUCGGCGCGAUCCUCACGUACCCCGUCUCGCUCGUCCGAACGCAGCUCGACUGGUUGAACAAGCUUGUUGCUGCGUCUGUCGUCAAUGACGUAUCGGAGCCCGCGGGUAACGCCGCAAGUCCGACUCACUUCCCCGUCCUUCGAGCGUUGCUAGGAAGAGGGUUCAACCUGAUCUUCACCACAUCUAAGGACGAGAAGACGAUGCACGUCAAACCGGAGUGGGCUCGUGACGCAGUGGCCGGCGUCAAGGCGCUGCAGCACCUCUGUUUCGGCCGACCCCUGGCUGGCUCGGACCCGUCGACCCCGACCGUCCCACCUGAGCUAUCCGAGGAGAGGCUUCUCGAGUCGGACGCGUUCGCUGCCUUUGGUCCUCGCCUCGUCGACAUCCUCUUCGACACAGACAGGAUUCUCGACAAGGACGAAAUACCGGCGGGGUCGUUCACAACGAACGGACACCGAGUUCGUCUACGAGUCUUGAACGUGUCGAGCGUGGCAUCAACAGAGCGUAACAAGUCCUGGUACAACAAUACCGACGUCUCAAUCGGCUCCGCGCUCGACCGGACGGUGGCCAAAGCCCGGCUGUGGCUCCGCUUCCAAACAAAAGGCAAGAAGGGCCCGCGAGUGGUCAAGCACGACUUGGAGCACUAUGUCGACGGCAUCAAGCACGUGUUCCGCUUAUCGUAUGCUCGACCGGGAUCCGCCGAGAAGCCGAGCCGAAUUGACGAGUUGGAACGCAAACUCCGAGAACGCGCGGUGGCGGCCGCUCCCAUCCCUCUCGAUCCCGAGCGCCAAGCUCUCAUUGAGCGCGAAGCCGUGCGAGUCGAGUACGUGUCCUGGAAGCGAUUCCGAGAUGUACCCAUCGUCGGCGGUCGCAUCUGCAUCCCGUCGAUCCACAACCCCGAGGCACGUCGAGCGGUAUUGGGAAGGCUCCAAGAGCACUCGAACAAGAAAUUUGGCACCCAGGUGAGUCGAGUUUGCUCCUAUGUUCCGUGCGUCGGACGGAAGUCGGCAGGGUAGCAUUUUGGCUGAUGAAUUCGCCUUUGUCCGUCGUCGAUUGGGAUAUGUUUGAUUCCGCAGCACGCCGUAGCCACGGAGGACCUCAUUGCGGUGUUUGAACAACGUGGCGACCUCUUCCGUGACCUCUGGCGUGCUUUCGAGGAUUCGAUCGUCAUUUCGAUCGAUCUCGGUCACGCUCGGCCGGUCACUGCCGUCGCUCGUGUUUUCACGCACGACGAGACGGCGGCCUUGGAGACGUUCCGGUUCGGCAAAGAGGGGCUUGGAGCUAUCGCAGCGGAAGGCAAUCGCAAAGGUGCCUGUCAACGCGCGAACAAGACCCAUCGUAUCAACUUUCAGGAACUGAGGCCGAGGAACGAAGUGCGUAAGUACGAGAGCCGAUGA